GUGAGUGAUAGGGGAGUUUAGGAUUCAUUAUCUAAGUGAGUGUUAUGUGGAGGGGUUGUAAUUGAGUUGGUGUAGCGGUUACUCGCAGUCUGACAGUGUCUGCGGGGUGGGAAGGUCAGAAUGAUGGAUCGGACCGGUACUCAGCACCACUCCGAGGAACUACCAGCAGCUACAAGACCACGCGGUGUCUACAGCAUUGAUCAGAUUCUAGGUACCGCCAGGAAUCCCGCAGAUGACGGGAACCUGCAUCAGUCAAAAGACGAAGGGGAUUGUGGGGGACGGGCGGAAAGCGGCUCGACGACGUCUGGCGAUCUGGACGCUGCGGACGGCGAGCUGGAAGCAGAGGUGAAACCGCGGAAAAUCCGUCGCAGCCGUACCACGUUCACAACAUACCAGCUGCAUCAGCUAGAGCGCGCCUUCGAGAAGACGCAGUACCCGGAUGUGUUCACUAGAGAAGAACUUGCCAUGAGACUGGACCUCAGCGAGGCCAGAGUACAGGUUUGGUUCCAGAAUCGGCGUGCCAAAUGGAGGAAGCGAGAAAAGGCGCUGGGUAGGGAGAGUUCUGGCUUCAUCCACGGGGAUCAACCAGGUCUCUCAGAAUUUGGAGUGCACGCUCAGCUAGGGCUCCCACCUCUGCCACCAGACCCGUUUUGGCCCAGCGCAGCUGCUCUCGGGUUCGGCCCAGUGUUCGGAUUGGGCAGUUUACCUCCAAAUGCUGCAGCUGCGGCACUGGGUAUCCCGUGGGGUCCUGCUCUCACUGGGGGCGGGAAGACUGCACCUCCAGGCCCGUUUCACGCCUUGUUGUCGCAGUACGUACUGGCUGGAGGCGCGCUGCCGCUGCCUGCAGGAAUCGGUCUAGGUGGUUUGGGUAGCUUCACACUGCACCCACCUAUACCUCCGACGGCUGCAGCGGGCUCGCCGCCUCCUGCAGACACAGAGACCGUCGUCUCCAAGAGUCCGCCCACCCCUAGUCCCCCUCCGCCUUCAUCUUCGUCAGAGACGCGGAAGAACAGUAUAGAAACAUUGAGGUUGCGUGCCAAGGAACACCAGGCGCUGCUGUUGGGACAGCACCAGAGGCUCGUCGCGACGCCCGCGGCAACCACCAAGCCAAUUCAACAGGUGCAGGCCAAGUCUUAAAGAAGCUCCCACAUAACUGGUGUACUGUGAUACGUACAGAAACUGUCACGUUUAGUAAGUGUGUCUUAUUUAGUGAUUUAAUUUGAGGAGUCUGGGUGAAAGACCACCUCUGUCCAUGGGGACAAGAGUCAGCGGAUAAUUGUAAUAUAUUUCCAGAAGUGUAAAAUAUUCAUGGACUUGCUCGCUCAGGAGAUAUGAAAGAAGCGAGCUCUGACAGAGGACAAACCUCACGUGUAGCAUAAAAUGUGAAUUAUGUUUGGUUAAUGGCUUUUUGGCCCUUAAAUGUUAAGCUUAAACCUGGUUUUGUGGACGAACAUUUGCAAAACUUUGAAAAAUUAGUGCUGAUAAUAAAGGGUAAUUUUACGUUAA